AUGUCACAGUGGCUACCACCUGGUCAAUACCCUCCUGCUUCUCAACCACCUUACUCGAGUUAUCAGGGACCUCCAACAGGCCCAUCUAACCAAUACAUUCCAGCUAUUCGGCCGCCGCCUUAUCAACGGCCACCCUUAAAUUCGACAAACUCGCCAUCCAAUGACGAGUUAUCUGCUUCGUACGAUAAUCUUGCAGUUAGUCUGAGAGGUACUGCUGGUCCAGGAGAAUUGGAUAGUUUUCAGCGAUCACUCUCAUUGCUUAUGCAUGAUUGCUCACAAUCUAAUAUUCAGCGUGGAAAAACAUGGAUAUUUGAUCAUUGCACAAAUCCGUCACAAUUUGAAGUUCUUGCUCGUUUUAUAAUUUCAUUGUCAAAAUCACGUCCGUUAUUUGAAGACAAAUUACAUUUAAUAUACCUAAUCAAUGACGUCCUUUUUCAUAGUGAACGUCGACAGGAACCCUGGAUAAAGGAAGCCUUGCAUCCGCACUUACAUCAUUUGCUCCGUGCUGCUUAUCAUUUUUUGGAUGCUACUGAAAAUCAACAAGAAAAAGUCUUGAAGGUUAUUUCUAUAUGGGGUGAUAAGCAUUAUUUUGAUGAGGCUAAGAUUAAUAAUUUGAAAGCCAGUGUCUUAAUUCCUCCUCCCCCGCCUGGACAACCUCCAACUUCAAAUUUCUCUGUAUCACAACCAUUGGCUCCGCCGCCGCCGCCACCACCUCCAGGACCUAUUAUCACUUCUAAUUUAUUACCCUCACAUAUUAGGCCUAUAUCAGAACCUGGUCCUCCUGGAAUAUCAUCGCAAUUUCCACCUCCUGGUACUUCUCCGCCACCGCCACCAUCGUCUAUACCAAUUCAAGGAAUGAUACCUCGUCCUGCAAUUCCUCCGCCUCCUGCAAUACCUCCAGUUCCCGAAAAGAAAUAUCACGAAUUACCAGCGGGAUUAAUGGUACCAGCAGUUUCGGCUGAGAAUCCACCAUAUACCCCUAUCCCUGUGGCCUCUAUUAGGAUUCCGCCGCAUCGUUUACCGCCUACUCCUGAAUUGUUGGAUGCUCUGGACAAAUUUUACGAAGGACUAAAAUUAAUUGUGCCUUCACCAGACGAAGAGAAUAAAGAGAGUUCGGUCACACCAAAGGAAAUAAUUGAGUUGGAUAAAGACGGAUGGGAAAAAGGAUUUCUUGACAAUUUUUAUAAAGAUUUACAAAUGCGUCGAGCAACGGCUGCUGCUAAAGCAGUCUCUGAGAGACAUCGCAUUCGGAAGAACGAGGAAGAAGAUGGUCAAGAGAUCGAAGUUAUUCAAGAUCUAAAUCAAUAUCAAGGUCUUCUUCACGAAAUCGUUCAAGGAGAACUAGAAGAAGACAUAGUUAUUCAGACUCGUCAAGAAGUAGAAGUAGAGGUCGAUCACGAGUUCAUGGAAGACAUAGAAUCAGAAGCCGAAGUAGAAAUCGUUCUAGAUCAGGCUCUAGGCAUCGGUAUAGAAGUCGUAGCCGUUCAAGGAAUACCAGAAGUUAUAGUCGUGACAGACGUAAGUCUAGCGAAUAUAGCUCCUCAUCUCGACGACGUCGACGUAGUAGGAGAUGAAAUUGCAAGGCCAGACAGAAUGAUAUCAGAUCGAAAUGUUGGUUUUCAAAUGUUGAAAAAAUUAGGUUGGGAAGGUGCUGGCACAGGUUUAGGUUCAUCUUCGACUGGGAUUGCUGAGCCUAUUAAAGGCGGUGAAGUUAGGCAUGGCGAACAAAAAUAUCUGGGAGUAGGACAUGAUCGAGGCGAAGGAGAUGACAUUUUUGAUCAAUAUCGUAAACAGAAAAGCUAUACAUAUCAAAGAAUAGAUGCUCCUUCAAAAGAUAAGCCUGCUGGAUGUUUUCGAUGUGGAAAACCAGGACACAUUGCUCGUGAAUGUCAUGCAAUUGGACCGUUUCACUAA